AUGGAUGAUCUGCCGCAGGAAAUUGUGGGGGACAUCCUGUUGAGGUUGCCGGUGGAAUCGCUGAUGAGGCUUUGCUGUGUAAGUAAGAAGCUGAAUGAAUUCAUCAAAAGUUCUUAUUUUGUUGAUUUGCACUCUACUAUUGACCGAUACCGCGUGCUCCUCCUCAAAGGGCGGCGCAGGCGGCGCCGGUGGUGGAAUUUUGAUGAUACUAAUUUUGUGAAGAGGAUGAUUUAUUUGUGCAAUCCCACCACCAGGAAAUUCAUGGCUCUCCCUGAUUCCAGUUUUUCUUCUAAUUAUGCAAUCACUCAUGGGGUCGGUUUUGGUUUUGAUGCUUCUAGUGACAAUUAUUAUGUGAUUAGGUUAGUUUGGUUCCUCGGGGCCUUGAAACUUGAUGCUUCAACCAUUCACCAUGAUUUUGAGAUCUCCAGUUUGCUUACCGAUAAGCCAAUAUCAUUAAGUCAGGAGGAACUGGGUUCAUUCUCAUCAUCUGAUCAAGGGAUAUUUGCUCAGGGUUGGCCAACCGUAGGUGCUGAAAUGUAUAGUUUGAAUACCAAUUCUUGGAGGAAACUUGAUGUAGUUUUACCUCAUAUUGAUGAGCGGAACAGUGCUGCUGUUCUUGAGGGAAGGUACUUCCAUUGGUGCACCAGGUCUCGUAGUAUUCUUUGCUUUGAUGUGACGAGUUUGGGAUUUCGUCAAAUGGUUAUACCUAGAGAUGCCCCGUCAGAGGUUGACAGGGUCACCUCCACAUGGAAUGUUGGCGUGUUGUAUGAUUCCCUUGCGUUUUUGUUCUUGUCGGGUAUGAAUGUCGAGGUGUGGAUGAUGGAGGGCUAUGGGAAUAGGAACGGGAUGGAAGAGGGUUGGGUGAAGAGAUACUCGAUAGGAUGUCCUAUGCCGAGUAUUAGUAUUCCUUCUAUAUCGUGCUGGAAUGAUGGGAAGCUUUUCAUAGUAGCGAGCAAUGAAGAGUUGAUUUCCUACCAUCUGAAGGAUGACGGUAGCAACCGUGGUAGAGUGAUUAAGGAAUACGGUUCCAUCUGCCGAGCUCCUAAUUAUUCGCUGUCAUACUUAGUUUACCGGGAAAGUUUGGUUUCUCUUGACAGAGGACAUGCUGGUACACCGUGGCGCAAUAUGUGA